ACGGGACAGGGGGGCGACGUAUAGUGCUUUGUGACUGGUAUAGGGAGGCUUAAAGAGACAACGGCAGGAGGCGGAGAAGCGAGCGAAAUGAGAUCAAGAAAAUAUCUAUAAAGCCGCCGACAUGAUCAUUUAAGGCCCUCAAAAACACUCACGAACAGCCUGGCCAGUUACAAGCAAGAGCUGCUUUGCGUCCUGGGUUUGCCCGCACAGCUGACGCCCUUGACGCAGUUCCCUCCUGCAUGCAUCGGAGUGCAAGAAAUGCCCAGUGCGAGGCCCAGCCCUGACCGGGAGGACGCAAUGCCGAUCGCCGGAGCCAGCGGGCACGCGGCGGUGCGCUUCUACUAGGCCGGGAGACGGAUCUCAGGCUGUGUGCUCAGCCGACCCGUUCCGGGGGGGCUGGCUGACAUGCAGCUCUGAUUCUGGAACUUGGAGAAAAGAAUCGCAUUCAAAUUGGAGUGGAAGCGCUGUAGGAAGUGUGCAUCCAGGCAAGGCGCCCAGAAACGUGCAAAGGAGCCGUUCGAAUCUGCUGCUCUUCCAUCCAUCCUUAUUUUAAGUGUUUCUUUUUAUUUUUGUGUUUGUGUGUAUAUAUGUAUGUACAUAUUUAUAUGUACAUAAGGCCCUCCUCUCUGCCUCGCUUUGUUCGAAUCCCCCCUUCGCUCCUUCCCACCCCCACGGCUCUGUGAUUUGCAUGGCAGCGGCGUAACCGUGGAGAGGCCCGGUUAUCACAAGCUUAUGGAUUUUGACAAGAGAGGAGGGAAGGGGGAGGCCGAGGAGGGGAGAAGAAUGUCCAAGACGCCCGGGAGCAGGACUGCGCAUGGGGGCCGGGGCACAGGGACCAACUCUGGGGUGCUCAUGGUCGGCCCCAACUUCCGGGUGGGUAAGAAGAUCGGCUGCGGCAACUUUGGAGAACUGCGGUUGGGGAAGAACCUCUACACCAAUGAAUACGUGGCUAUCAAACUGGAGCCAAUAAAGUCCAGAGCACCUCAGCUGCACUUGGAAUACAGGUUUUACAAGCAGUUGGGAAACUCAGAGGGCAUCCCCCAGGUCUUCUACUUUGGCCCGUGUGGAAAGUACAACGCCAUGGUUCUGGAGCUGCUGGGGCCCAGUCUGGAGGACCUGUUCGACCUGUGUGACCGCACCUUCUCCCUCAAGACCGUGCUCAUGAUCGCCAUCCAGCUGAUAACCCGGAUGGAGUACGUGCACACCAAAAGCCUCAUCUACAGAGACGUCAAGCCGGAGAACUUUCUGGUGGGACGACCGGGGAGUAAGAGGCAGCACACCAUCCACAUCAUCGAUUUUGGCCUGGCCAAAGAGUACAUCGACCCCGAGACCAAAAAACACAUCCCCUACCGGGAGCAUAAGAGCCUGACGGGGACAGCGAGAUACAUGAGCAUCAACACACACCUGGGGAAAGAACAAAGUAGAAGGGAUGACCUGGAAGCUCUUGGUCACAUGUUCAUGUACUUCCUGCGAGGCAGCUUGCCCUGGCAAGGCCUCAAGGCGGACACUCUGAAGGAGCGCUAUCAGAAAAUCGGGGACACCAAGCGAGCCACUCCCAUCGAGGUGCUGUGCGAAAGCUUCCCAGAGGAGAUGGCCACCUACCUGCGCUACGUGAGGAGGCUGGAUUUCUUCGAGAAGCCUGACUAUGACUACCUGAGGAAGCUCUUCACUGACCUCUUCGACAGGAACGGCUAUGUGUUUGACUACGAGUACGACUGGGUCGGCAAGCCACUCCCCACUCCGAUCGGCCCUGUCCCCAGCGACGUCCCGCUGCCGUCCAGCAACAGAGACAAAGCACAACAUCAGACCAAAAACCAGGUAAUGAGCUCCACCAACGGAGAGCUGAACACAGACGAUCCCACUGCAGGACACUCCAACGCACCAAUCACAGCGCCGGCUGAGGUCGAAGUGGCCGAUGAUACAAAGUGCUGCUGCUUCUUCAAGAGGAGAAAGAGGAAAGCACUCCAGAGACACAAGUGAGGGGGCAGGACAGAGAAACUGAGAUGGAGAGCGCUUCAGCUCACGUCACUUUUACGCUUGGGAGAGGACACGCAGGACACCCACCAACGUCCCUGAUGCACACCCACCCGCCGAGAAGGACCGUGGCAGGCCGCCCUCAUAGCGUGGCAGGCCGCCCUCAUAGCGUGGCAGGCCACGGAUUCCGCUUUUCCUUUAGAGAGAGACUAAAUAGACUUAAUGAAACGUACACAUGAUAUUGUUACUCUUUGAGAAGAACUCUUUGAAGCCGCUGAUUUUUCCCGAGAUUCCACGUAGAACAUUUAUAUUGGUCAGCUGCUGAUCAGCCAUGGAUCGGGCAGAGCGAGGCGAGGCAGGGUGGGGCGGGACGGAGGCAGGGGGGGGGGCAGGACACAGCCGAUCCAGGGAGCUCCAUAGACAUACUGUGCAUCUGUGGGAUCAAGGUGGGGGAGACAGAUACAGGUAAAUAAACAAAGGAAAUCACAGAAGAACAGGAAGAGUUUUGUUGAUGCCAGAUUGGGAGAACUCGUGUACAUUUCUUUUGUUUUUUUUGUUUUUUUUGUAAUUUAAAUUGAAGUUGUUUUUGAGGUCAGCUCUCUGAGUUGAAUGCUGAACGUUUUACUUUAAUGUUGUAAUGCACCGAAAUUCGAUUUUUAAUGAAUUUGUUCUUUUUUUUUUCCCCCUGUACUUGUGGACUUGUAGCACAGUGACUGGUCUCAGGUACUGUGAAUUCUCAAGAGGAAAACAGAUAUUCAUUUCCUUAAAAUUGCACUUUUGGGGGGGGGAAAAAAACCGUAUGGCAUUCUGGGCUUGAAAUAACAAAAAAAAAAGAAUAAAAGUAAAUAAUGAACUAGGAAGAUUCCUUAUAUGAAGCUGAUCUAUAUGACAGCUGAAAUGUUGUUCAAAAGGAAAAAAAAGUCUGUUAUUUCUCAAUUACGAAUAAUCUACCAGGAAAUCAUAGUUUGUGCCUUUCCAAGUAAAAUGUUUAAAGCUUAAA